UAAGAGGAUGAGUGAGGAGGAAACUUAAUAUCUCUCCAUAUAUCGAGCUCACGUCUCCAUCAGCCGAGACCAGGACGCCAUCUGAAUCUGUCCCUGCGCGCUGCCUUCCAAACUCCACCUGCUUUUUGUUGUCUUUUUUUCUUCUUUUGUCGCACAUAAACCGGAUUAAAUUACACAUUGCACCUUUAAGAAGCUGUCACCAGGAUUAGAGUUACGCGCAGCAAGCCAAGCCGCCCUCUGGAAGGGUUUUACGCACCGUUGGUUUCCAGAGUAGGGUUUCUCCCUCUUCUUCUUCUUGUUCUUCUUCUUCUUCUUCUGGUCCUGACACCGCCGGGGAGCCCUCCACGCCAUGGCCGAGAUAGGGAAAGGGGUCACUGCCGGGAAACUGGCCAUCAACGUCCAGAAGAGGCUCACCAGAGCGCAGGAGAAGGUCCUGCAGAAGCUCGGCAAAGCUGACGAGACCCGAGAUGCUGCGUUUGAGGAGAUGGUGUCCAACUUCAACAAGCAGAUGACUGAAGGCACCAAACUGCAGAAGGACCUGAAAGCCUACCUGGCAGCAGUGAAAACGAUGCACGACGCGUCUCGGCGGCUUCAGGACUGUCUGGCCGACAUGUACGAACCGGACUGGUUCGGCAAAGAGGAGAUGGACGCGUUGACAGAGGACACAGACACUCUGUGGUUAGACUACCACCAGAACAUCACGGACAAAUCUCUGACCUCUCUGGACGCCUACCUGGCUAACUUUCCAGACAUCAAGGCUCGUAUAGCGAAGCGCGACAGGAAGAUGGUGGACUUCGACAGCGCCCGGCAUCACUUCAGCUCCUUACAGAAAGGAAAGAAGAAGGAUGAGGCCAAGAUCGCCAAGCAAGCAGCCCUGUUGGAGAUGGCGGCUCCCAGCUGGGCUCAGGGUUUGAUAUCAGCCCACCAGGUGGCUCAGACUAACCUCUCCUACAACCAGGCGGAGGAGGAGCUGGGCCGAGCUCAGAAGAUUUUUGAGGAGCUGAACGUGGAGUUACAAGACGAGCUUCCGGCACUGUGGGACAAUCGUGUUGGCGUCUAUGUUAACACAUUCCAGCGCCUGGCGGGUCAUCAGGAGAAGUUCCACGGGGAAAUGGGCAAGCUCAGCCAGAACCUGAACGACAUCAUGACCAAACUGGAGGAGCAGCGGGAGCUAAAAAAAGGUGGUGCUGCAGCAGCAAAGACAGGAGAAGGUGCCAAGAGCGAGGAAACCAACCACAGCGAAUCAGCCAGCUCACCACCAAAGGCGGUGCAGAGGCCCGGUCCGCCUCCCAGCCGGCCUCCACCCCGACUGACGCCGUCUCCGGACCAGAGACAGCAGCAGGACGAGGCCUCAGCGCCGGACACCAACACAGACUGCAGCGCCGCCGCGACACAGCAGGCGCCAUCAUGGGACUCAUGGCGAGAACAGACCGCUGCAGAGCAGGAGACCCUGCGUGAUGAGGACCAGUACCCAGAGGAGGCCCAAGCGGGCUGGGAUUACGAUGAAAGCAGCACCCAGAGCUACACCCUGCAGCCCAGAUGGGACAAUGCAGAAACGGCUCAGGGUCAGGAGAGUUGGGGCGGCAACGGAGCUGCUCAGUCGUACGCCGAGCCAACUUGGGACGACGAUGGAGUCCAAGUGGGACAGGGUGGCUGGGGUGACGAUGGAGAGAGUGCGGUGACCAAUGGCUCGGAUGGAGAACUCCCUCCAGGAUUCCUCUACAAGGUAAAAGCGAUACAUGAUUACGCUGCCACUGACGGUGAUGAGCUGGAACUGAAGAUCGGAGAUGAUGUGCUGGUUUUGGCCUUUGACAACCCAGAUGAACAGGAUGACGGCUGGCUCAUGGGUGUGCAGGAGUCUCACUGGGUGCAGAACAAAGAUAUUUCAGUCAAAGGCGUUUUCCCCGAGAACUUCACUCAGAAGGUUUGAGUUUUAUGCCGCAGAAAGAUUUGGCCCCGAACUCCUCCGAUAUAAAGAUAGAACUCACUAAAUGAACACAUGUACACAAACCGAAAUGAACAUUAUAGUUAGAAGAUGAUAUGAUACUGUAUUACCCCGACUCACUCCCUUGUGCUAAAUGGUGCACAAUUAUCUAAAAGUCAAAUUGUACACCCAAAGUUUUUUUUUGAUUUCUUAUUCCUGAAUUAUUUAUAUGCUGAACUCAAAAAGGAAAAAUGAGUCAUGGAUGUAUUGUAUGAAUGUUUUAUGUUGUGUAUUAUCAACAGUCGCAGUUCAUUGCAUGAAGCAUUUGAUUGUAUUGUCUUUUAUGGAAGAACACAGGAUGUUUGCAUUAUCAGUCUAUUACAGUUUCUUGGGCUUGUAGGAUUAUCAAAGGGAACAGUAGUUUUUCAUUUAUUUUACUGGCCAUUUUGAGGACAUGACUUGAUGUGUGGCUUACAUUUUCUAAUGCACAUACGCUUUUAUUUUGAUUUUUGAAUCAUCUUUUCAUUGAUGGAUGAAAUGCAAAACAUCAUCCAACUCAGCUAUCCUUCAUCUUCUUUAGUUACCACUAUUUAUAACUAUUUACCACUUUGAGACAAGAGAUGCAUGCUGUUUAACUCUUUUUAAACAUUUUUCAUAUGAAACUGAUUCUGGAUCUCUGUGUGCACUAACACUGGAUCACUACUGUGCACACACAUUUUUCUUUCUUGAGUGUUUUUUCCAGUAUAAAUCAGGUUCAGGCUAAUUACUUUGACCCCAUGGAUCCAAAACUGUGACGCAAGCAGCUAAAUGAGAGACUUAAACAUUGAAACCUUUUUAACCAAAUAUACUGCAGAAACCAAAGUUAAACCCAUGCAAACUGUAUUUUUACAUUGUGUGGAAGUGGUAACUAAUGCACCAUAUGUUGGAUCAAGUCAGUGUCAUUAAAGAUGAAUGAAACAGCA